GAAAAACCCGCAGAACUUCCUUUGUCCGGAAUGUCGCACGCCGUGUCCCGUCAGUUUGGAGCGCCUGCCUUCCAAUGGAUUUGACUCACGAUACGGGGGCGAACUUCUUCGCCACCACGUCCACCAUCGUACCGCCCAAUGUGACGACACAUUGGGCGUUUCCCAAAGCGUCAAGCGACACGGCUCUAAGUAGUCAAUCAGGUGCACCACCGCCUGGAUCCAAACCAGAAAGUACGCCCAAGCGCCACGCCCCUUUACCCCCUCCACCCAGCACACCCAAAGAGCGCUAUCGCUGUACGACGGCUUUUCCUGCUAGUUGUCCCUACGAAUUGAAUCUCAAGGAAGGGGAUGUGGUCAUCGUGUUCAAAAAGCGAGACGAUGGGUGGGCCAAAGGCUCCCUCGACUCCGACUCCAGGAAAGUGGGCUUAUUCCCCAUGACUUUUGUGCAGAAAUUGUAAACUUAAGAUAUCUUCUAACUCCCCAAGUGAUACUCCCUCAUUCAACAUUAGCAAUUGAACCAUGCCUGCACAAUAUAGCAAGCCUUAAAAGACCCGUGUACGAUCCCGUGUCGACGACGUCAAAUUUCAAUGAAUCCAUUUGGUGCUUGGUGGGAAUCUCUUUCAACUCGUUAUUCUCUCCAAUAUCGUUUCUUCCUCACAUCCCCCUUCCUUUCACCCGAUGAUAGGAGAACGAGAUCGUCAAUCAUUCGGUACAGUAACACUUGGGACAAGCUUAGGUACAGUGCACAAGUACGGUCGCAUUCACAACCUGUUGCCACUCUUUGACUAAAAGAUUUAUAUCCUUUUUGUAAAAAAAGACCUAUCAAUAUCUAAUCCGAAUUACAAACUUGGACCUUACAGCGUGAA